AAUAUUGGCCUUCUUGUUCGCUCACUCAUUCUCUGAAUCAUAUGUCGUGAUAAAGACGCAAUUUAUUACGAAAACAGAAAAGUUACAGUCAGUGUGGUGACAGGCGACUACCGACUGCGUAGAGAUUAUAAUAUAGUGAGAGAGGUACAAGUGUCUCCAGGUAGUUCAGUGUUUGCAGCUCACGGUUUCUUGAUAGUCUAUUGCCACUACGCAUCACCAUGUCUUACGCUUACUUGUUUAAAUACAUCAUAAUCGGAGACACAGGAGUGGGCAAAUCGUGUCUCCUGUUGCAGUUCACUGACAAGAGAUUCCAGCCUGUCCACGACUUGACCAUUGGCGUCGAAUUUGGUGCACGUUUGGUUGCCAUUGAGACCAAACCCAUCAAGUUGCAAAUAUGGGACACUGCUGGCCAAGAAGCUUUCCGAUCCAUCACACGAUCUUAUUAUCGUGGAGCAGCUGGUGCAUUAUUGGUGUAUGACAUCACUAGGCGAGACACUUUCAAUCAUUUGACAACGUGGUUGGAAGAUGCUAGACAACAUUCCAAUUCCAACAUGGUCAUUAUGCUAAUUGGCAACAAAAGUGACUUGGAAGCGAAACGAGAAGUCAAGAAAGAAGAAGGUGAAGCAUUUGCUCGAGAACAUGGAUUAGUAUUUAUGGAAACAUCUGCUAAAACUUCUGACAAUGUAGAAGAAGCCUUCAUAAACACUGCUAAAGAAAUAUACGAAAAAAUUCAAGAGGGAGUAUUUGAUAUCAAUAACGAGGCAAAUGGUAUUAAAAUUGGACCACAACAUUCAACCGGUAACAACAGUAUACCAGGUGGAAAUAAUCGAUCCAAUGGCAAUGGUUGUUGUUAACUAGUUUUGAAGGUCAACUAAAUAAUAUUAAAUUUGCAAUUUUGAUAUUAUUGCUUUCCAUGUGGGUUAUACUUCUUUUUUUUGAGUGAAUUGUAUUCAAUAUUUAUUAAUAGACCAAGCUCUAUAUCAUUGAAAUUAGUGUUGCGAAUAUAUCUAUUUAUAUAAUUAUAUUACAUAUUGGUACUUAUAUAAUGAUAUUGGUUGUAAACGAUUUUAAGUCAUAAAUGUAUAACCCAUAAAUGAUUAAAAAAAAUAUUCUUAUACACUUUACUUCUAUAGUUCUAUAUUACAAUUACCUUAUUUAAUUUUUAUGUUUACCCUUAGGUUAGGAACUUAAUUUAUUUAUUCUUAAAAGUUUUGUUUGUUAGAAUAUAACUGUUUUACUAUAUUUAUAUUAUCUUAAACACGCGAUCAGUAUUCAAAGUUUGAAAGUGUACACUUAAUGUAUUUUACUAAUAAUAACUAUCUUUUUAAACUCAAAUAAUCAACUUAACAUGGAAAAUUGAUUUUUUUUAUGUUGCCAUUGAAAUUUAAAUAAUGAAAAUUAAUUUUUUAUAAUAUGGUUAUAAUUACACAUUGUAUUUACUUUAAUUUAACUUUUGAUACUGAACGCAUAAUCAUCACUAUGGUUUUAAUUGUUUAUGUUUAUAAAUUAAUGAUUUUAUAAACACUGUGUAAAUACUGAAUAAUGUAUUGUUAAUCAUUCAAUGCCCUUAGAUCUUAUAAUUUAAUAUGCCUCAUUAUAUUAAUUUGAUUGAUGUACAAGUUAGUCACAAUAUAUAUUUAAUCUCUAUUAAAUUUUGAAAAACUAUUUUUAAGGUAAUUAAAAUAGCUAUUAAGAUACUCAUGAAAUACUUAUUCCCUUGUUUAUAUGCUAUUCAAUUUCAUUUGUUAAAAUUUGGUUUUCAAAUAAAUAAUGCUAGUGUUUUAA